AUGUAUACAGACUCUUACUAUGCUUUUAAUAUCCCAUCUAAAGAUAGUGAGAUACUUACUACUGAGAAUACUCUGAAAGUUUCUGUGAUUAGUAAUCUAACAUAUAUUUCAGAAGAUGGGAAGUCAGUAACUUUAUUAAGCAUUUUGGAAAAAUAUGAGUCAGAAAUUUUAGACAAUGUUCUAAAGAUAACUGCUUUAGAAUUUGGUAAAUCUGAUGAAGUACCACAUUAUAUUAAUAAUAUACAACAAAUAUGUCUGCAGUGGCCAUCUAUAGCUACUUCUCAAGAAAAAAUUCAAGUGGCUAGAUUUUUGAAUGAUUGCAUUCAUUUAUCUAUUGAACAAAUUAGGUCAGUAUUAGAUAAGGAAUAUAACAAUGAGACAUUCCAGAAUAUUCUAAAUCUUUCACAUUUCGUACUGUUUUGUUCAUACAUAACAGUUAUUCAUUACUGUGAUGAAUUAGAAUUAUCGCUUAAAUUAUAUACAAGUAAUGAUGGUAUUAUAAUCAAAAAUAAAAAGAAAAAGAAAAAUAAAUUAAAAGAGAUGAUUUCAGAUUCAGAUAACUCAAGCGAUAGAGACUCAGUGAAUCAUAUGACAAGUUCUCGUGAUAACAUUUUAUCACUCCCUUCAGUCAUGCUAACUUUAUUUAGAUCUAUAUCAGACCUAACUAAUAUUACUAUUGACAAAUUAUCUAAUGUUCCAAAUAUAUUGUCAAAAAAUAGUAUAGUAUUUCUUGAAUGGAUAUGUAUUACAUCAAUUAGGGUAAUCCAAUGCUUUGGAAUAAUAAAAACGAAGGAUAUUGCAAAAAAAGCUAUCAAAGAUCAUAGUAAUUUACACAUUAAUACUUGGAUUAAUAUUUCGAAGGUAAUGCUCCAGAUAGGAAUAAAUAAUCUCCCAGAAUAUGAUACUACAGAUGAACAUAAAAAAAGUAGCCAAAAUUUGGAUAAAUUGAUAGUAUAUGAAAUCAUUGUGAACUCUAUAAAGUAUGGUGGAAUAGCUAAACUUUCUAGUAUUUCUAAUUAUUCUAAUUUAGAUAAAUAUAGUACACUUAAGGAAUUUUCAACUAUUCUAUCAACAGUUCUGAGUUUGACAGAAAAUCAGCGGGUUUCAAAUUUCAUGAAGUAUAUACUUGAUGUUCUUUAUGAAGAGUUUCUGCAGAUUGAGCCAAAUCAAUCUAUUUUUGAUGAAGAUAUAAUGAAUUCCAUUUAUCAGCUAUUUGAAAGUUUAUCCAUUAAUCAAUGUUAUAUUUUCAUAGAAAAUUUUACAGGGAUAAGAAAAUUUUUAGAUAUAUUUCCUCUGUAUAAAUUAAGGUGUAAUUGUAUAAUAUGGAUAACUAAUUCAAUUAUUGGUAUACACAGUGAUUCUUCUAAAAAAAUAGAUCGACAAAUAUAUCUAGAAAUGUUGGAUACUAUCAUGGAAAGAAUAUAUGAUAUAAAUCAACAUUGUAGGAGCAAAUCUCUACAGUGUUUAAUGAAACUUGUUAUAUUGGAUAUAUUACCAUAUUCAUUGUUUCUACCACUAUUAAGACACACAGAAGGUCGUCUUUUAGAUGAGUCUUCAUAUGUUAGAAACUCUGCAUUUCGUCUUAUUAGAGUAAUAGCCAAUAAAGCAACUUUAUGUUAUUAUCAGAUACCAUUGAAUGAAGAUAAUAUUUCCUCUUCACUUGAAAAAAUAGAAAAAAAGAUACAAAAUUCUCAAAAAGAAACUACUUCUAAUCUAAACAGUGUCAUAAUGACUUUUUUAAAAGAGUCUAGUAGUACUAAUAAUGGUGAAGAAAAGUGUACUCAGGAGAAUAGAUAUGAUGAUAUAACGCAACUUGAAUUGACAAAAGUUUUAUUAACUGAUGCUAAGAAGGUCUCGAUUAUAUUAGAAAAGACAUUAUAUUUUAAUUCAUUUGAAGCAUUAAAGUCAAAAAAUUCUUCUGAUGUUGUAUCUGCGAUACUUUGGAUUUGUGAUGCAGUCACACUUAAUAUUAAUAAGGGUUUGAAAUUAUUACCAUUUGCUCUUAAUUGCAUAUGGAGGAAGAAUUCACCUCAAAUAUUUAAUGCCACUAUACAAGGUUUUUUAUCUGCUAGUUUUAAGAUUGUGAAUAUUAAAACUAAUUUCAAUGUUGGUCAAAUUAAUGAUAUAUUAACUGACCAAAAUGAUCUGAAUAAUUCAACUGAUGAAAACUUUAUGAUAAACAGCGACUUUUUUGUUCCUGAAUUUAAUUCAAAAACUGUUAAUCGUCUCAUCAGCAUUUCACUUAAUUUUAAUAAAACAGACUUUACAAAUAUUGGUCUUAUCUUUCAAUCAUUAGUAUUUGGUAACCACUUCAGUGAUUCGGCACAAUAUACAAUAAUUAAAAAAUACUCCCAAUCUAUAAAUAUCGAGUCUCUCAAGAAACUUUUAAUUAUUCAAAUAUCUCAAAUUUCCAACUACUUACAUGAAAAUUCGGAUUUUGAAGCUAACUCUUUUGAUAAAAAAACAUAUUCGAAGAAUAUUAAUUGCAUUAUAGUUAUAAUGGAGCUGUAUAUACUAAUAAUAGAAGCUGAAAUUAAAUUAGCCACUAAGAUCAAUAAUGAAAUAUAUACUAUAAAUUAUUUCUCUCAUAAAGAAACACAAAUACUUUAUAAUUUAUUAUGUAUUUCAAAUAAAAUAAGACAAUAUUCUAUUAUAAGAUAUAUUGCAAAGUGUUUUUCUUUUUUGUCUCCAGUGGCAAAAAUGGAAAGUAAAAUAUUUAAUAAAUUUAUUGAUAUUACAAUAGAUAAUAUAUCUCAGUUUGGUUUAUCUGGAUUAUUUAUUGAUAUAAUUGAUGCUAUUUAUAAUGUAUUUGGAAAUCCAAUCCGUUUAUCACUAUCCAGUGAUUUUGAAAAAUUAAGUAAUUCUGAUAAUCAAUAUAUAUGUACUCCUGAUAUGAUAUUAUUCUCAUUAAUAAAAUAUAUUGUAACCUUAUUCUACAAUAAUUCGUCACAAGGUGAUGGCUUUAUAUUCUCAGUUGCAUUAUUAUCUAAUAUUAUAUUAAUCAUUAGUCAUAUUGCUUUAAGGCAUGGAAAUUAUAUAGAAACUUUAUAUAAUUUUUGGAAAUCUUUGUAUUCCCUUGAAGGAAAAUAUUUAAAAAGAUCAUCAAAUAUAUUUAAAGAUGGAAAAAGUACUGAAGAUGCUAAUAGUAGUCUAUAUGGUAAUAUCACAAAGGAAGAAGAACUUCUAGAUUUUAUCUAUAACUUAUUAGAAAAUAAAUUACUUGGUUGUGGAAAUAUAUUAUCUUAUUUUAUACCAAUUAUUAAUAUUGCGAUAAGAGAUCCUAGUAUUUUACUAUUAAAGCAGAAUAAUUCUAAUAAUUUAGAACAGGCAUGUUGGCAAUUAGAAUAUUUACGCAAUUGUGGGCUUAUUUCAAUCUGUAAAUUAUCUGCACUAUCCUCAAAAAUAUAUACUUCUUGUGAUGUGAUGUACGAAAGGACAAAUUCUACAACAUAUCCGUCUUCAAUUACAUCACUCUCUCAAAUUUCUAAUAUCCAAAUAAUAUUUUCAUAUUUAGUUAAUCACACAAUUGAAAUGUCAAAUAUUAAAGAUUUAAGUGAAUUAUCCCAUAAUAAUGUUGACAAAUUAAUACUUGAUUAUCAAACAAAUUUACAACCUGAUAAUCCUUUGUUAUCUACAAAGUAUAGGACUUCUACUCAAAUAAAUAUGGUUUUAUGCACUGCUGAUCUUCUAGUAAGACAUCCAAAUAUUACUGAACCAUGGAUUGAUUUCCAAUUUUCUCUUUUAAGCGAUAUCUCAUUUAAUGAUAAAUCUUUUGAUUUAAUACGCUACAAUGUAUUAUGCAUUAUAAAUUAUUUGGUAAACUUAGGAUUAUUGAAACCAAAAGAAAUUCUUAUAUGGAAUUAUUUACGUUGUAUAAGUGAUACUAAUCAAAAUAUUAAAGAUAUUGCAAUGUCAUUUUUUGAAGAGUUAGCAAGAGAUAUCACUAAUUCAGCUAUUUGGACUAAUAUUACAUGUAUUUUAAACAAAUUAGCAAUUCAAUAUAGCAAUUGUGAGAGUGAAUCUCUACAAAAUAAUACAAUGGACCAACUUCAUUACUUGUUACAUUUUAUAUCAAACAAAGAACAAGUCUGUUCAAUACUUCUACCAAAGAUAUUCCAGCGACUUUCCAAACACUCAGAUCCCAAAGUUAUUCAAUUCUAUAUAGAAAUUUUCAAUCUAAUGAAAAUACAGACUAAGUCUAAAUGUAUUAAAAAGAUUAGAGACUCAUGGGGUAUUAUUUCUUAUCAUAUAGAGGAGUAUCCAUUACUAAGGGAAUAUUUUAUUUCUUUAGUAAGCAAAGGCACUAAUGAAAUUACAGAAGGUGACUCUACAAAUAAUAAUAUAUAUCAAGAGAUAAAACAACUCCUUUUUGGAAUAAAGCUUACUAAAAUUGAAUUAGAAAGUAUUGAAUUUGGUUAUAAAUUAAAUAAGGUGAAGAAAUUAAAGAAUUCUACAUCUAAUCAAUCUCUAAAAAAAAAAAAGUCUAAACCAAUGAAGAUUCAAGAUGGAAAUGAGAGUGAUAUCUCAUUUACUCAAGAUUCCUUUAUUGAAGAUAAGGAAAAUAUUGAAUCUGACCAUUCUGAAAUAAAAAGAUCACAAAAUACGAACUUUAUUCAUAGAAAUUCGAAGAUUGGCCAAUCUAUUAGCAAAUCUACUAAGAAAAGAUUACGAAAGGUACAUGGCUAA